AUGGCGGCGGGAUUCGAGGCUUACGUGGAGCGGAUCGAAGCCGAGGCGUGGGAAUACGGGAUCUGCGUGAUUGAACCCCCACCUGAGUGGCAGCCGCGAUCACGUGGGUACGAGGACGUGGAGGAUUGGACGAUCCCGAAGCCGAUUAAACAGCACGUGUCCGGCAGUCGCGGCGUGUUUCAGUCGAUCCACGUGGAGACUAAGUCGGUUACGGUGCGUGAGUUCCGCGCCGCGGCGCACUCGAAGGAGCACCGCGGCCCGUGGGGGGACGACGGGGAUAUCUGCUGCUUGGGGAACGCGACUGACGCCGCUAACGCCGCUAGCGCGAGUGACGCUGCAGAAGCUGUUGGUAGCGAUUGUAACGAAGGGGAGGAGGCUAGUAACGAGGAUGGAGACUCUACGUGCGAUGCUCGCUGCGAAGGGACCGGAGACGCUAGUUGUGGGGGUGUGGAGCAGCAGCAGCAGCAGCAGCAGCAGCAGCAUUUUAGCAGCAGCCGCGGCGACGGUAGCGGUGACGGUGACGGGGAUGCGCGUCAGAAGGAGUGCAAACAUAGCAAGCAGAGCAAACAGUGCAAGCACAGCAGGCGGAGCAAGCAGUGCAGGCACGUGGGUGGGAAGCUAACCCUAGCGGACAUGCAGACGUCCAUCGAGCGCAGCUUCUGGAAGAACGUCACGCACUCGCCGCCCCUGUACGGCGCCGACGGGCUCGGGUCGUUCUUCGAUGCUGAUGUGCAGGGCUGGAACGUGGGGUGUCUGUCAACGCUGCUAUCGCGCACGCUCGAGACAGCAGGAAUGCAGAUACCGGGAGUCACCACGCCGUAUCUCUACUUCGGCAUGUGGCGCUCGCUCUUCGCAUGGCACACGGAGGACAUGGACCUAUACAGUGUCAACUACCUGCACUUUGGAGCUCCCAAGUUCUGUUCUGGCACGCUUCGAGUGCCUGCUUCCUUUGAGUCAAUCAACUCAAUCCCCCCCUCCCCCUCUCCCCCCUCGCUUCCCCCCUUUCCUUCCUCCCCCCCCCCUCUCCCUCCCCGUCCCCCCCUCCCCAUUCCCCCGAGGUACGUGGUGCCUCCAGAUGCCAAGGCACGCUUCGAGCGGCUGCUGCAGGGGCUGCAACCAGCGCGGUUCAAGCAAUGCCCCGAGUUCCUGCGCCACAAGCGCCCUUCUUCCCUCCCUCUCUCCCUCUCUCCUUCCCUCCCUCGCUCCCUCUCUCCUUCCCUCCCUCGCUCCCUCUCUCCUUCCCUCCCUCGCUCCCUCCUUCCCACCCUCCCCCCCUCUCCCUCCCCCUCACUCACACACACUUUCGUUCUCCCGUGCUCGCUUGCUCGCUCUUGUGUGUGUCACCAGGAGACCCUGGAGACGCUGGUGACCCCGCAGCUACUGCAGCGGCACAACAUCCCGUUCCUCAAGGUGCUACAGCAGCCACGGCAAUUCGUCAUCAACUUCCCGGGCGUGUACCACGCAGGCUUCAAUCUCGGGUUCAACUGCGCAGAAUCAACCAAUUUCGCCACCAAACGAAGGUGGGUGCAAGUGGGACUCAAGGCGCGUCCCUGCUACUGCAUCGGUGACAGUGUGUGCAUUGACAUGGGGCUGUUCGUUCCCCCCCCUCCGCUCGCUCUCCUCUGCCCUGACGACAACUCCACCGCUCUGCACCACCCCGAAUCUAUAGCUGAUGCUGCUGCUGGUGAUGCCGCUGCUGAUGCUGAUGAUGCUGGUGGUUGUUUUCUGGGCGGCAAUCUUGGGAGCUCUCAGGAAUUGCAGCAGCAGCAGGGGGCGGAGAGCGACGGGUGUGGAGCAGAGGGAGAAGGAGCAGCAGUGGCAGGAGCAGCAGGAGCGGCUGGAGUGGAGCGGGUUAGGCUGGGAGCAAAGAAGCAGCCUCUGCGUCCUCCUGCUGCUGCUGCCGGGGGUGCUGCAGGUUCUGCCCUUGCUAGAGGGCAGAACGGUCGAUUUGUGCGUGUUGCCAAGGCUGGAAAGGCAGGAGGAGGGAGAGGGGCGGCAGGUGCAAGGGGGGCUGGGGGGGGAGGUACGGAUAAUGGGCGGGAAGGAGGGGUAGGAGGACGCGUGGAGGGGUUGUGUGGAGAGGAAGGGGAAGGAAUGACUGUUGCAGCGAUUGAUUUUGUGAGGAAGAAAUAUGUGAGGAAAGGAGCAGUAGGGGAUGUGGUUGCAGGGAGUGAGAGUAGGGUUCAGGGAGAGCAAAUGGGAGAUGGGGUAGCAGGGAGGGAUGCCAGGGUAGGGGAGCUUGAGGGGGGAAUAACAGGGAUGGAGGCAGCAGCAGGAGGAGGAGGAGAGAGUGGGGAAGGACGAAUGAGUUUGUUGGGUACAGAGGGGGCUCAGGGGGGAGUGCAAAGGGAGGUUCAAGAGGGGGUUGAGGGGAGUAUGGGCGGAGCAGGAGCGGGAGGCAAGAGGAAGCGGCGGAUGGGUGGAGGAGGGGGUGGAUUGAGCAGGAUAGAGGGGUUGGAACCGGUUCUAAUGGUGAAACGAGUAAAAGGGACGACUGGGUCUGGCGCAGGGAGAGGUGGGAGGGGAGGAGGGAAGGGAGGUGGGAGGGGAGGAGGGAGGGGAGGAGGGAAGAGAGGAGGGAGGGGUGGGAAGAAAGCGGGAAGGAGAGGAGGGAAAGGGAGAGGAGAAGGCGCAGCAGAGGUGGCAGGUGUGGAGCUACUUGGGGGAGUGGUGAGGGGUGCAGAUGGGUGCGUGCUGCCGCUGCUGAUAGUGGCCUGCCCUGCUGUUGCUGUGCCUCUGGGUAAUGCGGUGGGACCUGGGGUGGGGGGUAAGGCUUCUUUUGAGGCUCUUCAAAAACCUGCUGCUGCUGUGCCUUCGGGUGAUAUGAUGGGAGUGGGAGAUAAGAUGGAUACUGUUGCAGGAGAUGCAGGUGGGGAUGUGACUGGGUGUUUAGCGAUAGGGGUUGUGAAUGAUGGGGAAAGGAGGGAUUCGGGAGAGGGAGUUGUGAGGGAGGAAGGAGGAGUGGCAGGAGCAGGGAUGGAAGGAGCAGGGAUGGAAGGAGCAGGGGCAGCUGCAGCAGUGGAGAUUGGGAAGAAAGGAGCGAAAGGGGGUAAGGGGACGAAAGGGGGGAAGAGGGGGAAGAAGGGAGUGAAGCGGAAAGCAGGGGGGAAGGCUACCAGGCAUAUGCUGAGUGCUGGUGCUGGUGCUGGUGCUGCUGCUACUGCUGGUGCUGGUGCUGGUGCUGGUGCUGGUGCUGGUGCUGGUGCAACAGCAGCAGCUAUACUGACAUUAGCAGGAGCAGGGGCAGCAGCAGAAGCAGAUGCGGCAGAUGUAGCAGCAGCAGGGGAAGGAGCAGCAGGGGCUAAAAAAAGGCAGAAAAGAGCUGUGAAGCUGCCAGCAGCAGGAAGAAUCCGCCUUUCGCUUGGAACACAAGGAGCAGCAGCAGAAGGAGCAGCAGCACAAGGAGCAGCACAAGGGGCAGCACAAGAAGCAGCACAAGAAGCAUUACAAGAGGCAAUACAAGAAGGCCUAGGCACAGCCGUCCCACUACAGAGAGCCACCAAAGCAGGGCGCUCGGCACCGGAACCUCCAGAGACAUUGAAAAAGACACACGAGGAGCAUCAGCAAGGGGGAGGUGAAGUGGCAGAGGCAGCAGCAGACGCACAGCAAGCAGGCCUGCGGUCACUCCACUGCUCACGGUGCAGAAGGGUACGGAUGGUUCCCAGACGCAACCCCCCUGCUUGGGUGGUUGAGAGGGUUGUUAGGGAUAGCAAAGGGAGAAUAGACACCUGGGGCGUGUAUGGGGACAGGUGGAACCGAGAGGGUGAGGGUGUGGGUUUGGAGGGAGAGGAAGAGGAGGGGAGGGGAGGAGGAAGGUUUGGGGAGGCGGGGGAGGGAGAGGAGGGAGGAGAGGAGCGGUGGAGGCGUGUGUUUGAGUGUAAGAUGGUGUGGGGGAUGAGUUGUCGUACAAGAGUGCAGGUGACGGGGGAGGGGAAGGAGGGGAGGGAGAUGAGGGUGAGAUGGGAUGGUGAGGAGGAGGAGAUGGAGGAAGAGGAGGAGGGAAGAGGGGAGGGGAUGGAGGGGAGUGUAGGGAUUGGAGUCAUGGGGAGUAUGGAGAUAGUGGUAAGAGGGGAGGAGGGGAGAGGGGGAGAGAAGGGGGGCGGGGGAGAGGAGGAGAGAGGAGGAGAGGAGGAGAGAGGGGAGGGGGUGCUGGCGAGGACUGUAGAGGUGGAUGAGGAGUUGGGGAGAAGGGAGGAGAGAGAUAGGAGUGCGGAUGGAGGGGAAAGGCGAGUGGUAGCAGGGAAGCGAGUGGGAGGCAGAAAGAGGAAGGUUGAGUUGCAGGAGGGGUUUGGGGCGUCUAGUGGUGGUGGUGAGGGAGAGGGGUGGGCUGUGGCUCAUAUGGUGCCUGCGGCUACUAUGGCUGUCACUGCUGGUGAUGCUGCUGCUGCUGCUGCUGCUGCUGCUGCUGCUGCUGCUGCUGCUGCUGCUGCUGCUGAUUGUGAGCAACAUGUAGCCUUGCACAGGGGGGCAUGUUUUUCCACUGGGACUUUGCUUCCCCCCUGCACCUCAUCCCUUUCUCCCUCUGCUCUGUCGCUCUUGUCGGUAUCUGGGGCGUCCCAGAAGCUUCCGCCCUCUGCUCUCUCGCCCGCUGUUCGCCUGUCGUCACGGCUGAGAGGAAAGAGAGCGCGUGAUAAGGAGGAGAAGCAGAAGAAGGAGAGGGAGGAGGAGGAGGAGGAGAUGGAGGAGGAUCUUCAAAUCCUCCCGCACCCGCACCAGCAACACUGCGAAUCGCUCUGCUCGGGAAGGGGAAGGGACAGAGAGCAUUGGGAGAGUGGGCUUCGAGUGGUGUUGAGGCGAGUGGGGGGGAAGCAGGAGAAGGGGAGUGGAGUGGAGGGGAGGAGGGGUAAGUCAACCCAUAGCAGGGAGUUGGAGGGAGAGGAGCGGAAGGCAGGAAAGGAGGGAGAGGAGGGGAAGGCUUUUGAGUCGACUCAAAAGGGGAGUGGAGAGGAGGGGAGGAGUGGUAAGUCAAGCCAUAGCAGCAGGGAGUUGGGGGGAGAGGAGCGGAUGGCAGGAAAGGAGGGAGAGGAGGGAGAGGAGGGAAGGGGGGGAAGGGCAGGAAAAGGGGGAGAGGAGGAAAGGGCAGGAUCUGAGAGGGCGGAGGGAAAGCAAGUGUUGAGCGGGCUUAUAGUGGAAGGAACGGGACAUCAAGGGUUUAGAGAUGAGGUGCAGAAUAGGGUCGGCGAGGAAAGAGCCGGGGUGAGUGAGGAGGAGGAAGUGGAAGAGGAGGGAAGGGAUGUUAGUGAGGAGCAAGUGGAGGUUAGGGAGGAGGAGGGAAUGGAGGCGAAUGCAGGGGAAGCUGUGAGUGAGGAGGGGGUACGGGAAAAUACAAUCAGAACAGGGACGGAAGCAGAGACAGGAGCAGGGACAGGAGCAGAGACAGAAGCAGGGGCAGAAGCAGGGACAGAAGCAGGGACAGAAGCAGGGGCAGAAGCAGGGACAGAAGCAGGGACAGAAGCAGGGGCAGAAGCAGGGGUAGAAGCAGGGGCAGAAGCAGAGACAGCAGCAGGGACAGAAGCAGGGACAGAAGCGGGGGCAGAAGCAGGGACAGAAGCGGGGGCAGAGACAGAAGCAGGGGCAGAAGCAGGGGCAGAAGCAGGGGCAGAAGUAGAGACAGAAGCAGGGGCAGAAGUAGAGACAGAAGCAGGGGCAGAAGCAGGGGCAGAAGCAGGGACAGAAGCAGGGACAGUAGCAGAGACAGAAGCAGGGGCAGAAGCAGGGGCAGAAGCAGGGGCAGAAGCAGGGGCAGAAGCAGGGACAGAAGCAGGGGCAGAAGCAGGGACAGGAGCAGGGACAGGAGGGAAAGGAGCAGGAACAGAAGCGAGAACAGAAGCAGGUACCAGGAGGGAGGGCAGGGGAGAGGAUGAUGACAGUCCUACCGCAUUUGACCCAAUUCGAGGUAGUGGAGAAGAGGGGACGGAGGAACAAACUGUUUCACUGUUAUCCGCCCAGGUAGUACCAUUGCUAUCACCCUCGCCACCAGCAGCAGCAGCAGCAGCAGCAGCAGCAGCAGCAGCGGCGGCGGCGGCGGCGGCACCACCACCACUGCAACAAGUGUUACCACCAGCACAGAGGGAAGCAGGCAAGGAUGAAGGCUGGCGUUUUCAGGGCGAGGCUGCAGCUAAAGCAUGGAAAGGCGAGAAUGUGGGGACAGAGGGACUGGGAAGCACGAAUGGUUAUGCUUCUUUUUUCUUUUUCUUUUUCCCCGAUAGACACGUGCUGGGACUGGGAAGUGGCAGAGCCCGUGGUUGA